AUGAAGUUCUCUUCAUAUCUCGUGGCUGCGGCCAUCAUGUCCGGUGUGCAGGCUUCUCCGCACCCCGCACCCCAGCAGCAACAGCUCCUGGGCGUGCCAUCAUCGCCCUCUCACCCCAGCUAUAGCCAAGGAGACCUAGAUGAUAUAAUCAGCACUUCACCUCUACUAUCACUUCACCGAGACCUGGUCAAGAUCGAAUCAAUCUCCGGCAAUGAGCAUGAUGUCGGCCUCUUCCUCGCGCAAUUCCUCGAGGCCCGGAACUUCACCGUGGUAAAGCAAGAGGUGCCCCCAGUGAAGGGCCAAGAGGACACCAAGACCCGCUACAACAUCUUUGCCAUUCCAAAAUCCUACACACAACCCCCCUCAAUCCUCCUCACAAGCCAUAUCGACACCGUCCCCCCCUUCAUCCCAUACUCCGUGCACCAGCCUGACUCCACCACCACCUUCGACCCAGAGGGUCUCAUACUAGCAGGCCGCGGCUCCGUCGAUGCAAAGGGCAGCGUGGCAGCGCAAAUCUUCGCAACCCUCGAAACACUAGACUCCCAACCUGACGCCAAGCUCGGUCUUCUCUUCGUCGUCGGCGAAGAAAUCGGCGGCGACGGCAUGAAAGUCUUCUCAGACUCAACUCUCAACUCCAAAAGCGCUUUCAAAACCGUCAUCUUCGGCGAGCCAACCGAGGCAGCUCUCGUCGCGGGCCACAAGGGCAUGCUCGGCUUCAAGGUUCUCGCUCACGGCAGCGCCGCCCACUCGGGAUACCCGUGGCUGGGCAAGAGCGCCGUUUCGGCGAUUCUGCCCGCGCUCUCGCGCGUCGAUGUGCUCGGUGAUAUCCCCGUCGAAGAGGGCGGUCUGCCUGCAUCCCCGAAAUACGGGCCGACGACGCUGAAUAUUGGCGUUAUCCGCGCUGGUGUUGCUACGAAUGUUGUUCCUUCUGAGGCGUGGGCGGAUGUUGCUGUGAGACUUGCAGCUGGUACGCCUGCUGAGGCGCGUGAGAUUGUUCAGCGCGCUGUUAAGGAGGCGGUUCGGGAUGCUGAGGCGGAGGUUGUUGUGGACUUUGUUUCGCAUGGCGAGUCUUAUCCGCCACAGGAUUUGGAUGUUGAUGUUGAUGGGUUUGAUGUUACUACUGUUAACUAUGGUACUGAUGUGCCGAAUCUGGCUGUCGGUCCUGAUGUCAAGCGCUACUUGUAUGGGCCUGGCAGCAUCUUUGUUGCUCAUGGUGAUAAUGAGGCCUUGACCAUCCGCCAGAUCAAGGAGGCUGUGGUUGGUUAUAAGAGGUUGAUUGAAGCUGCGCUAGAGAGAGAGAAGAAGGACGAGGUAACCGUGUAA